CGUCUUCCCGACUCUUUUCUGGGGGUUCAGACCUUGAAGUGAGCUAGCUCUGGGUGUUUAGCAACGGUUAGCUUCACAUGAGCAGCUAAAGGAGACACGUCCGUCCGUCCGUUCGUCCGUCCGUGCGUGCGUCUGUCUGAGUGAGUCUCGAGCCGAAGGGAGACGAUUCAGUUGACGUUACCUCCCCUUGUGUUUUAAAAAGAUUGAAGAUGGCGACCAGCUCGGAGCGCAGUCCUCCUCCGUUCCCGGACUCCGAGGAGCAAGAUGUGCUGGACACUGAAGAAGUCGCAAACCGAGCCACCGACGACGACGACGACGAUGGGGAAGACCUUUUCCUGAGCCCGACCAACCAGUCACUGGCUGAAAUGGAGCCCACACUGCCACCUACAUCUCAAAACAGUGAUUUUUUAAUACAGCCUCCCAUUGAUAUCAUGAGUGAUCCUUUGAUUGAUCCCAUUAUUAGCCCAGAGGAAAACAAACCAGCGGCUGAAGUUGUCAGCGAACCCUCGGAUGAUUUUGUCGAUUUAACAAACAAUGGAACCGACAGUCCUGAUGACACAGGCACUGCAGAUUCAACGAAAGACACGAGUGAAAUCCCAUUAGAUGAACCCUCAGAUGAAUUUUUUGACAUUUUGGGAAGUGAAAGUGGAGCACCACAAGAGGAAGUAGUGGUAGCAGACGUUACGGUUGAAGCUAGUAAAAGCGAAGACACAGAUCCACCUCUUGAUGAUGAAACAGGAAGUAAGGUUGAACAGGCAAAAGAAACUUCCACUGAUCCAAUUAUUAACAUCACAGGUGAUCUGCCCGCGAGUGAUACACAACAGCCACCCACAACCAACAAAAUUGCCGACCCUUUGCUUGACCUGUUUAGUGAUACUCCAGCAGUUGAUGCCAAAAAACCCAUUCAGCCAAUACCUGACCUGUUUGAAGACGAAGGAAGUGAUUUGUUCACAGAACCACGACAGACUAAACCUGCCAAGCAGCCCCAGAAAAGCCUCUUCGGCGAACCUGAUGAGGAUCUUUUUGCCGAGCCGCUGGGUGCCACCUCAAAGAAAACCAUCAGCCAAGAGCCCAAAACUGUCACACCCAAACCUAGUGGUGACGGAGGCGACAAAGGUGCCAACCAACGAGAACCUGCUGAUAUCUUCACGGAGGAAGCCGUCAUCACGGCGCCUACUGUCAGCAAAACCCCUGGUGCCACCUCCAAGACCAAUGGGGUCCACUCUGAGGAGGACACCGAUAUAUUUGCUGAAGCCACAGUGGAGCUUUCUCUAGACAGUCCACACAAUGAAAGAAAGAAGGAUAUGACAGCCAAGCCGUCUGCAUCUGCUCCCUCCCUGGCGGCAGCAGCAGCAGCUGCCAGUCUCACCAAGCCCCAGUCUGCUGCCCUGGAGGAGUUGGAAGAAGAGGAAGAGGAGGAAGAAGAGGAUGACAAAUUUGAGAUUAAUGUCUCUGUCACCAACCCUGAAAAAAUAGGGGACGGGAUGAAUGCAUACAUGGCCUACAAAGUAUCCACAGAGACCACACUGCCGAUGUUCCGCACCAAAACAUUCACAGUGAGACGACGCUUCAGUGACUUCCUCGGCCUGUACGAAAAGCUCUCUGAAAAACAUGGACCAAAUGGAUUCAUUGUGCCUCCGCCACCAGAGAAGAGCAUCCUGGGUAUGACGAAGGUGAAGGUGGGAAAGGAGGAUUCCUCAUCUACGGACUUUGUUGAGAGAAGGAGGGGUGCUUUGGAGAGGUACCUGCAGAGGGUGGUAAAUCACCCGUCUCUUAUCCAAGAUCCUGAUGUCAGAGAGUUUCUGGAGAGAGAAGAGUUACCCAGAGCAGUGAACACCCAGGCUCUGAGUGGAGCUGGCUUCCUGAAAAUGAUCAACAAAGCAACAGACGCUGUCAGUAAAAUGACCAUCAAGAUGAAUGAGUCGGAUGUGUGGUUUGAGGAGAAGCUGCAGGAGGUGGAGGCUGCAGACCAGCUUUUCAGGAAACUUCACACUCUGGUUGAAUCCCUGGUCGUGCACAGAAAGGAGCUGUCGCUGAACACAGCGAGCUUUGCCAAAAGUGCAGCGAUGCUGGGUAGCGCUGAGGACAACACUGCUCUGUCCCGAGCCCUGUCCCAGCUGGCUGAGGUGGAGGACAAGAUGGAGCAGCUACACCAAGAGCAGGCGGCCAACGACACCUUCAGCUUCGCUGAACUCAUCGCAGAUUUCAUCCGGCUGCUCGGAGCCGUCAGGGGGUCGUUUGAUCACCGGAUGAAGGCGUGGCAGCGUUGGCAGGAUGCACAGUCCAUGCUGCAGAAGAAGAGGGAGACAGAAGCCAAACUCCUGUGGGCCAACAAGCCCGACAAGCUGCAGCUGGCCAAAGAGGAGAUCGUUGAGUGGGAGGCCAAGGUCACACAGUACGAAAGAGACUUCGAAAGAGUGUCGGCGACCGUGCGCAAGGAAGUUAUUCGCUUCGAGAAAGAGAGGACGAAGAAUUUCAAGAGACAGAUCAUUAAAUACAUGGAGUCUCUGCUUCAGUCCCAGCAACAGGUGAUGAAAUACUGGGAGGCGUUCUUACCGGAAGCGAAAGCAAUCGCCUAAUCCUCGAGCACCAGCCUUUUGGACGACUAAACAGGCUGCCUUUUUCUUAUACACUUUACCUCUUGCCUUUAAACCAAGGAAAAUGCGUGCAUUGUAAAGGGAGAAACAAUCAACCUGUUUUUUUAAUCACCUUUAACAUAUAGCUCUGUAUUCUAUUGUAUUAAUAAUUGUAUAUUUUCAUUUAACCUUCCACAAAUAUUUUCGUAUUAGAUGAAAAGAGUUUGCAUAUACAAAGCUGAACGGACACAUGAAAAGCUAAAGCAUCGUUGAAUGAUUCCAUUAAUUUUCCACGUGAGAAGGGAAAGGAAGCGAGUGCGUUGUUCUCAGGAUUUUCCACCACGUGUUAUCAGGAGCUCCUUCUCGUCAGCGGUGGUUAAUUGUUUACAUCGCGGCUGCUCUCUCAUCCUAUAUUUCUGGGGACCCAGAUGAAGAAAGUGGCCAAUUUCAAUCAGAUUUAUUUUGUCUUUCUUUUUAGCGACACAAAGGGAUAAAAGAGUAAAAAAAAAAAAAAAAAAGAUUUCUGAGCACUUCCACGAGGUGGAUAAAGUACUUAAAUACCAGCCAUGUUUUGUUUUUUUUUUGUUUUCGGAUAAAUAAGUGGUGACGCUGAGGGGGAGGGGUGGAGGGUAAAGAGGCAGUAGAUUAGAAGGCUGUUGGUCAAAGGUUGCAUCGUAGGUCAAGCUUGUGGGUUUUAGAUACAAUUUCAAUCAUUGUGAAAAAUUUCCUCUUCUAACUACAGACGUUUGUGCCUUUUUGAAUUCAGACUGGUGUCGAAAUAUAACGCGGUGUGGGGGGGAAAGUGGCUGUGGGCGUGUCAGCAGCCGCUGUAGUCUAGUGUCAGCACUGAGGUCAAAGAGCCCAGCAGUGUUUUCAUCUGAUUCACACAUUUGUUACUAAUGAAGCUCUUUUUUUUUUUUUUUUUUUUUUUUUUUUUUUUUUUAAAUACAGACUUUGCAGUGCAUACAUGUUCAGGAUGAGUUUUCUCCAUCCAGGCGUCUUUUUUUUUUUUUCCCAUUAUUAUUUCAAAUGAAACUCACUCAAAUCCAUCAAUUCUCAGCAUGUUUUCAUCCAGCGUGGUCAUCGUCGUGUGUUUUUUUUCUGCAUAGACUUCACACUUCGUCAAGUAAAGCUUCUAAAGGCAACAGUGACGCAGAUCGGAGUCAAAUGAAUGCUUACAUCUUUACUCUGGAUUAGCCGAUGAAGCAAGUUUCAAGUCCCUGCAUGAAACACAAAGCUGACCGAAUCGCAGCAGCUUUAGUGGCUUUUCUUCGGUCAGUUGCUUACUCAGAUAUUUUUCAUCAAUCCCCAAACUCAAAAACAAGUUCAACUCAAGUUCUAACCAUUUUAGGAUAACUUUAAACUAUUUUGUCCAUUAUUAAUUUAUCUGCGAUGGUUUGUGAUUAAUCAUUUUGCCCCAAAAAGUAGCAUCAGAUAGAAAUUUUCAUACUUUUAAGAUAAAGAAAAGCAUGAAAUCUUCUUUUUUUCUCUCAAGAUAUUCUUCAACUGUAAUGUUUUCAGUUCAGUUGUUUACAUUUGUUAUUCAGCUCUGAUAAAUAUGAUUUCUAAUAAAUUGAAAGCACGUAAUAGUUCCUUAAAGGCCAACACUGUGCCCGUUACGUCGACUCGUUUGUGAUGAGAAUAUUGUUGAAAUGUGCUCAUGUCAGUCAAUCUAAUGCUUCCCCCGAUGCCUCUGUCUGUAGUUCGAUGACAGACCAUGAAAACAGACCUGCGCCAGCGUCUUUCGAUUACAGCUUUAAUUGCACGUUUUCACAUUCAAAUCAACCAUCAUCGGUUUUCAUUUAAAAAAAAAAAAAAAAAAACAUCGCUAAAUGAAAAGACUUUUCUUUGCACGGAGUUUCUGUUUUUGAUGUGCUUGUUUUCAGCUGAGACGCAGGGGAUCGUUUUUUAGGCGGCGCCUUACUUAAAAGCGUUUCUACUCGGGCCUCGCACUGUAUGUCACAUGACCUGUCAACGUGCUGAGCGAUGUCAGCAACAUGCACUGUGUCAUAGAAAUGUCUUCUAAACAAAUCAAUAAAAGUUGCACUGUUUACACUUGGAAA